UUCUGUAGUGUACAUUUUUUACUAUAAAUGGGAUUGCAAUACUAAAUGCUGGCAACUUUUAUUAAGUCAGAAUUUAUUCACGUACGGAUGUCGACAGAGAAAGUGAAUUGGAAGUUUACGAUUUUCGCGAUUAUUAAGUUUAAACAGUGAAAUGAGUAUUUCUGUAUUGUGAGAAAUGCUCUUAUUUUCGUCUAAAGAUUUUAGUGUGUGCCGGUUAAGUGCUUGUUAUUUGGCUAUAAAAUGUUUGAAAGUCGGGGCGACUGACACAUCGGUACUCGCAUGUUUAAAGUAAUUUUUAGGUGUGUUUUGUUGAAUUAGUGUACAGGAUGCCGAGGGGAGAGAACAGGCCGAGCAUCCUGUUGUCUCGGGAAGAGAAUGACCAGGUGUUCAGUUUGAUUGGACCAAAAUGCCAGAGUUUGGCGACAGCAGUGGUCCAGCUGUUUACCACAGAAGAUCCAUCACAUUCAAAAUGGAAGAAGAAGGAUACAGGCGUGCUUUGUCUGAUCAAGGACAAUGGGAAGAGGUCGUACUUUUUCAGGAUAUACUGCCUCUACCGCAAAGCAAUGAUUUGGGAGCAAGAAGUCUACCUUCAGAUCGAGUACAAGAACCCACGGCCGUUCUUACACACAUUCGAGGCAGAGGAAUAUAUGGCCGCAUUCAACUUCGCAAACGAGAAUGAAGCGAAUAUUCUUAGAAAUAUACUCCUUGAGAAAAUCGAACUCAGGAAGAUCAGACGAGAAGAACGUCGGCAACGGUCGAUGGUAUCAGCCCGCAGCAGUACCGCGAGUUCAGUGCCGUCGCGGCAGAAUGGCACGCUGCCGCCGCCGCCGCCGGAGCCGGAGCCCGCGCCCGCGCCGCCCACCCCGGCGCCCACACCACUCAUGCAGCCCCCGCAGCCAGUGCAGCAGAUGCAGCCCAUACCCGCGAAGACUAAUCACAGCUUAGGAAGCUACACUUUGAAAAGUAAUAAGAAACAGAAGGGGCGGAAGCUGACGAAGGCUGACAUUGGAGUGCCGCAGAACUUUAAACACAUAUCACACGUCGGCUGGGAUGCUAACAAAGGGUUUGACCUGGACAACGCACCAAAUGCCGACGAACUACGUUCGUUCUUCACGAAGGCUGGGGUGUCAGAGACCCAGCUACAAGACCAAGAAACCAGAGAGUUUAUAUACGACUUCAUCGAGAUGCAUGGAGGACUGCCGGCCGUCAAACAAGAUCUCGAUAAUGUUAAGACCCCGCGCGGCGCGCUGCCGCCGGCGCCGAGUAUGUCGGCCCCGCCGCCGCCCGUGUCGGCCCCGCCGCCGCCCGCGCCGCCCGUACCCACGCGCAGCCCCGCCCCGCCACACCCACCCGCACCACCGUCCCGCGCGCCCCCGCCGCCGCCGGCGCGCGUGCUGCCGCCCCCGCUGGCGCACCGCACGGCGCCCCCGCGCCCCGCGCAGCCGGUGAUAUCGUCGGGUCCCCCGUCAGUGCCCCCGCCUCCGCCGCCCGGGUCGGCCCCGCCCCCGCCUCCGCCAAUUUCCCGCGUCGAGCCCGUGGCUAAGCCGGUCGUUGUGGACGAUAGCAGAAGCAAUCUGCUCAGCGAGAUCCGGCAGGGCGUGGAACUUAAAUCCGUGUCUCGUUCGGGCAGUAACAGUGGCAGCGAGCGGCGCGGCGCGCGGCCGGCGUGCGGCCUGGCCGAGGCCCUGCAGCGCGCGCUCGAGGAACGCUCGCGCGCCAUACACUCCUCCGACUCCGACAUGUCCGACGCAACCACCAGCGACGGAGAGUGGGACGACUGAACCACGCCCUAGGUAUCUCUAUACAUUUCUAGAAGCAUGUCGAUUGUCAUGUCUUAUGACUUUUUCUGAGACGACAGAAACUAGGUAUCUCUCUAUAUUUCAAACAUUACAGUGUCUUACGACUUUUACCCAGAUGGUAGAAAUUAUGUUCAAUUCUUUUGCAAACAAAAACUAUUAAAGACUAGUUCUUCGCUGGCUUCGGUCAUUCUUGUCCGGCAUGGCAUCCAAUGUGUUGAAAAUGAAACUCAAGAGAUAUUAUUAAUUUUUCUAAUAUACUUGAUGAUAUCAAAGGAGUCUUUAUUACGACCGAUUAUUUGUCUACAAAUGUCGUCUACAAUGCCAUUUCGAUUGGCAUGGCAUUAAGUUCACUUCGGCCAAGUUUAAAACACAAUCAAGCCCAAAAUUAACUGCCAAAGGAAAUUUGUCGAGUUUUGGAUAAAUAUUUAACAUUUCAAAUACACAAAUUACGUAAAUUAUUAUAUUUUCGGCUUACUCGCGUAAUACUUUG